UCAUAUAGACAUUUGGUACCUAGCUGUUUUUUUCGCUUUUAAUUUAUUAUUGAUAUUUUACUUUUAGUGAAUAUUUUAAUGUAGUAUGUAAUGUAUUAGAUUUAAAUAAAAAUAAAGUAAAUUAUAAAUAAAAUAAUUAUGUUCUCACUACCGCGAGCAGUCUUAAGUUAUUUACGUCCAGAAAAAAUUCAAAUACUAUACAGUGCGGGUAUCAAAUAUUUUCCACCACCAAAGAAUUAUGACGACAUUGAAAUACCCGAGAGACCAAGGCUUAAAAUGAUGGACAAAGUCCCUCUCUAUCCAUCCAAUAUCAAACCUCCGAAAAUGCAGAAGCGGUUGAGGUAUAUGAGAGGGCCAGAAACUUUACAUAACACAUUACAAUUAAAACAGUAUGGUGUUGUGGCAACUGGUGGAGGGAGAUUACGGCAUGAACAUUUUGAAAUGAUUCGUUUGCAAGUAGCUAGAAGACUAGACAUGAAGAGAAUGUUUGCUAUCUGGCGUGUAGAGCCUCCAUGGCAACCUGUAACCAAGAAAGGACAGGGACAACGAAUGGGUGGUGGUAAAGGUGCAAUUGAUCAUUACUGCACACCAGUAAAAGCGGGAAGAAUCAUUUUUGAAAUUGGAGGAAAAUGUGAAUAUGCAGAAGCAUAUAAUAUGUUGCGGAUAAUUGCUGAAAGAUUGCCUUUUCAAGCUGAGCCUGUUUCUGAAGAGAUUAUGAUAAAGAAAGCAGCUGAAGAACAAUGGAGGGAGGAAAAUAACCUAAAUAAAUUCACUAUGAAAUAUUUAAUUCAGAACAAUAUUGGUGGAUGCUGUAGGCAUCUGUCUAAAUCAGAUCAACGCUGGUUUGGAAAAUAUAUGUAAUACAGUGUUAUUGUUAUAAGUGUAGAUAUUAAAUUGAAAUAUUAAUUUUUA